UUUGUUUAGCAGAACAAGUUCUUCAUUUAGAAAUAAGGAGUUUCUGAUAUGACAGUGAAAUUCGAGGAUUCGAGUGAUAAAGUCUCAACAUGAAAGUCCGUCACAUUGUUAUCUGCUUCAUCUUCCUCACACUGCAGGAUGGAAACACUGUUCCUUACAAUGCAAAGAUUGCCAUGCAUACAGGAGUGGAAGGAGGAAACAUCACAGUUAAAUGUUCAUUUUAUAUCUUUGGAAAGUGGAAGCUCUUAUGUAAGGACCAAUGUGAAAGGGGAAACAUUCUCAUUGAAACAGCCGACCUUGUAGCUCAAAGCGGCAGAUACUUUAUUAAAUACAAAGAAGAAGAGUUUCCAACACGUCAUGCAGUUUUUUAUGUCAGCAUCACACAACUGGAAAAAUCUGACUCGGGGCUGUACCGGUGCUAUUUGGACAGAGACUUGGAUCCAUAUUUGUUUGAUAGCUUUCAGCUCACGGUGACGGAAGCAUCAACAGCUUCAACGCCAGCAUUGGGCCCGCAAUCUUUUUCAACUUCCACAACAAUCACUAAACAGCCUGAAAUAACAUUUGUAAAUUCAGGUUUUCUCUGGCCUGUGGUUAUAGCUGUAGUCAUGGUGGUUUUGGUGUUGUUUGUUGUUGUGCAGCUCAUCUGCAAAAAGACGACUACGGACUCUUGUUUGAAGAAACAGAAAAUUAUGAAUUAUGAAAAGAGCGAGAUUGUUCUCUAUGACAAUCCUCUGACGUUGCCACCUGAAGAGUCAGUAUACCAGAGCCUGGAUCCAGCCAGCAGGGAUGAAGACCAAGUGUACCUUACACUUAAACAGACAUGAAAGCACAAAUAAUCCAGCAUCCAGGCCUGAAUUUAUGUUUCACAACAGACACAGAUUGAUACAACAGACAACAUCUUUAAACACUUCUUUAUUCUUCACUUUAGUAAAAGAUAAAGAUUUUACAGAUUGAGCAUUAUGAUCAUUAUGAUAUUUUGGUUUAAAAUAACUUCUCUUCUCAUUCUGGUGCAAAAUUAGAGCUCAUCUUAUAUUCAAAGGCACCACCUGGGGGUGCUGUAGGAGUAGUGACAAAUAUCAGGAUUAAAUAACAGCUCAUCAAAGUGAUCUGUAAAGUUGCAAAGCAAUAAUAAACAUUGGUAUAUUGGUAUGUCUUCUUUCCAAACAGGUUUUCCAAACUCUGAGAACAUCUGAGAACCAGAGGGGAAAACAAACCCUCCUACCCUAAAAACCACGAAGCACUCUGAGAGUGCAAACAUCCACCAAAGUUUUAUUAGAAUUCACACAAACCUUUUUGAGUUAUUGUGUUUACACACAAUUUCAUUUAUUUAUUUGGGGGGAUUUUUUUUUUUUGUCAUCCACCCAUUUUCUUCCGGUCCAACCUGGCCACCAAGAUCUCUCCCUUGGGCCCCCCCCCCCCUUCCAGGCCUGUCUCCUGGGCAGGGCCCUGGUAACCCUAUCCCAGGCAGGGUGAACUGUUCCCUUGAGCUUACACUCAUAAGUGCCUUUGUCGGGUCCUUCACCCAGACCAAUUUGCCAUGGGAGACCCUACCAGGGAACAAAAGCUAACUGACAGCACACACCCUGGAAUCUGUGGGAGACACAAACCCCGAUUCAUGGAGGGGGGAUUUUUAGUUAUGUUUAUUUAUUUAUUUUUGAUCUGUGAUAAUGGGCCGAAAAGAGAAGUAUAAAAUUGCCCCAAAAUCUGGUCUGACUUUUUAAUAAAGUAAAUAUGUCUGAUGUUGCUGUGGAAUGACUCCCAGCAGAAGACAAAACUUCAUAAAAAGAUUUAGACAGAAUCAUGACUUGACAUCUGUUUUUGAAGCACCGCUAUAUUCUGUAUCAUGUGCUAACACAUAGGAUCCAUGACAAAAACUGUAUUUAAACAUUAUUUUCUUUUUCUUUAUGUUUAACUUAUUCUUUAGUUAAUUGGUUGUUGUUAAUGGCUUUAAGCUCUUGUAAGUCUUUCAUUACUACUAAAAAAAUGAUUUUACUGAGUAGAAGAUCCGAAUUUACAUCAAAAACUCCACUUCUGAAAUUUGUGAAGAAAUUGCUCCAGGAAUUAUACUGGAUCAUUUGUCACCACAUGAAUUCUACAUAUUUGAACAUUUAGAUGGGGCUUUAAUUUUUUAUCCUUUCAUUGUAUUAUAUCAGUUAAUAAAAUCAAAUGCAGGGAGUAAAGAGAGAUGGGGAGGAGAGUAGGGCUGAGUGUGUCCUGUGUUUAGAAGAAGAACCCAAACAUAAAAAGAACGAGACGCUUCGGGUUUGCCAGUGAAGAAGGACGAGGAGGUAGCGACAAACGAUCAAAGCAUCAAAAUGAAAGUCUGCCACACUUUUAUCGCCUUUAUCUUCCUCAGUAAGUACAUCCACCUCUUUGUUUCCUGUUGCUUUAUUCAUUUAUUUAUAGGUGAUCUGUGGGUUAUUCAACUAUAAUCAACAAAUAGCCUGAAACAUCCCCACCCACUCACAGAGUGUACCUUUCAUUCUACAUAAAGUGUGUUGUAAAUAGUUCUACAUGCCUUUUAGAGCUGGUGACGAAAAACAUGUUUGUUUGUUUUUUAGACUAAUGUUAAAGAGGAACAGCAGUGCGGCAGUAAACUGUGCUUAUUGAGCAACACAUCAAAAAUCUAAUUUCACGCUCAAAGACAUGAACAGUGGGCAGCUUGUCUGACACUGAUGCAGUUUCACAGGCUCCAGGCUUCUCUUCAAUGUCUCCUUUUAUUGUUGUGAAUAAGUUAGAACAAUCUUUUUUAAGCAUCUUCUACACAGCAACUGAAAUGACAUCAGUGGAUCAGAUGCUUCACUUUAUGAUUAGGACAAAACUAAUCAGCCAACAUAGCCUGAGAUUGAUAGGCUGAAAUGUGAGGUUAAAUAACCCUUUGUCUGUCUCAUCAUCCUCUUUAGCAUCAGCUUUAGCUAUUACCUUAUCCCCCCUAUCAACCGCUGUGAUGAGCUGAUGGUAAAUGGACUUGUUCUUAUAUAGCGCUUUUCUACUCAUCUGAGCACUCAAAACCUAAAUCACAACAGAAGCCUAAAAAUAAGACUCCCCCAAAACGGUGUGACCUUGACCUUGACCCGAUUUUCACCAAACUUAAAUCAGCUUGAGUUGUUGUUGUUGUCUGCCUUCACACAAAACAUGAUAUCUUAAGAAUCAAAAUCUUAAGAAUAUGAUAAGAAUUUGAAGGAUAGAUUUCUAACUAGCACUCGCAGCCAAGAGUGAAGCAGUAGGAAUGAGAAUCAGCCACUCCAACUCUGAGGCCAUGGUCCUCAGCAAGAAAAGGGUGGAGUGCCCACUCCAGGUCAGGAACGAAUUCAUGCCCAAAGUGGAGGAGUUCAAGUAUCUCGGGGUCUUGGUGACGGGAGAAGGGAGCUGGAGAUUGACAGACAGAUUGGUGCUGUUGCUGCAGUGAUGCGGACACUCUAUCAGUCCACUGUGGUGAAGACAGAGCGAAAGAAAGAUACAAGGAUCGCAGAUACAAGUGGCAGAAGUGGGCUUCCUCCAAAUGGUGGCUGGCCUCUUCCUUGGAGAUACGGUGAGGAGUUCAAUGGAGCUGCUACUCCUCCACAUCGAAAGGAGCCAGUUGAGGUGGUUUGGGCAUCUGAUAAGGAUGCCUCCUUGGUGCCUCCUGAGUGAAGUGUUACAAGCAUAUCCCACUGGGAGGAGGCCAUGG